AAAGUAUGUCUGUGAUUGUGGAUGAGACAGCAGCAGAUGUCCCUGUCAGAGACCAAACAAGGAACGUCUGUCCAUCUCCAGCUGGUCCACAAGAUUUUUUGGUACAUCAAAAUGCUUGUCAGGAUAUCACACGGAUAUCCAGGAAGGAGCUGGAGGAAAGGUUCUUGUCCCUUUAUGAGCAGGGCCUGCAUCACAAACGGCUUAUUAAUGAGCAGAAAGAAAAAAUCAAGAAAUUGGCAACUAAACUGAUGAAGCUGGUGAAAGACAGGGGUCGCAUAAUGCAGCUGGCAACAGGAACUAACCGGCCAGUACCUGUGGUGCGCAACAUGGAGCUGGAGGACGUGAAUGAAGAGCUACAAGAAAAGCUUCAGGGACUGCAGCUUGAGAACGAGCGACUUAAACAGCGUUUAUUUGCAGCCCAACAGCAGCUUGUCAAGUCACCGAACAGGAAGAGAACACCUUAUGGUCAUGUGCCAUCACGUGUCAAAACAGGGUUAAAGACGCUACCGGACAAGACGGCUUCUCCUUCUCUAACUCAGCCAGAAAUAGUUUCCAGGAAUUUGGAAGGAGAUAGGAGACCUCCAACUGGGCUGGUCCCUCAGUAUAGCCACAACCUGCUGGAAGAUGCACGAGCAGAGAUCUGCAGGCUUGAGAAUGAGAUUGAGGUCCAGCGAGCUCAUGCAGAGGAGAUGGAACAAGCCAUAGAGCUCCUGCAGGAGAAACUAAGGGAAAAGGAGACGGAAUAUGAAGAAAAUCUUCUUUGCAUCCGGCAGCAACAAAUGUCUAAAAUGAGCUCACACGUCAGCAACAAUGUGGCGAUGAUUAAACUACAGAAGCAGCUGCAGGACAGAGCCAAUGCCAUAACAGAGCUCGAGGGGCAAUACCUGCAGCUACAGGAGAGUCAGAAGAAGCUGAUUGCAAGUCGCAAUGCUGCCAUGGCGAAAGUGGAUGAGCUGUGGAAUCAGCUGAAAGAGGAGAGAAUGAAGAAUGUGGAUUUGGGGAACCAGCUGCAGAGCUCAACCAUAUUGAAAAGAAACAUGGAACAGGUGAAAGAGCGGAUUUUGGAAUUGGAGCAGGAAAGAGACUUGCUGAAGGAAAAUAAUGACAAACUGUUAUCCAGUGCCUUUGAUAUAUCACAUCAACAAAAGAGGAAUCUUCAAGAGAUGCAACUAAAAUCACAGAUUACCCAGCUAGAGAUGGCACUAAAAGCCGAACUUGUGGAUAAAAAUGAAAUACUUAACAAACUCUCAGCUGAAAGAGAUAUAACUAAGAAGCUGACAGAAGAAAAUAAGCAGCUUCUUAUUCAGUCUUUUGAGCAGAAGCAGAAAGUGGAAGAAUUAAAUGAUUGUUUGAAACACAGUAACAAGGAGAAUGAGCAUGAGGUUACUGAGCUCACUGAGGCACUGCUGCUUAUUAAGGAGCGCAAAGCCCAGAAAAGCGGUCAGUUGGACUUCUUGAAUGAGGUGGAGUACAGUGAUGUUGAUAAAGAGAGAACCAUCAAGGAGCUGAGAGCUGCACAUGCUGAGACCAUCCAGGAGCUACAGAAGACCAGAAACUUACUGGACAUUGAGAGCAAGAUCAAUAAAGACUACAAGGUGGAGGUUGAAGAAGUGUUAAGGAAGCGAGACAGUGACAAAAUGGAGUAUGAACAGAAGUUGAAACAUCAAACCCAACUACUUGACAUGAAGGACAUUACGAUCAAGAAACUACAAGCUCAACUCAGAGAUAAUGCUUAUGGCACCAAAUCCAAUGCCUACAAACCAGAUAUUACAAGUGAAGAUGGGGCAGAUACGUUUCCUGAAAGACUUGACCUGAAGCGUGGAGAGAACCUUCUGGAGUUUCAAAUAGUCAGUGCCACACUGUCGCCGUCUGCUCUGGAGGCUUUGGCUGACUGUGAACUCACCACAUUCUUUACCUACCGCUUCUAUUUCUUUGACUGGCACUCCACACCACUGGUGACAGGCCAGAAACCUGAAUAUGGUUACACAUCUCAGUAUAUCGUUCGUAUGGAUGAACAGUUCCUCAGUUACCUUUCUAGUUCUUGUUUAACUGUCGAGCUUCAUCGGGCUAGGGGACUGGAGUGGCAGAUGCUGGCAACGGGACAGCUUCACCUUCAGCAGCUCCUCAAACAAGAUGGCAAAAUUCAUGGGACUGUGCCACUGAUCGGCAUGCUUGGUGAAGUGCAGUCUUUUGGUUCAGUGAAUUACUGGAUGAGGAUGACGUUACCUAUGAAGAACACUGUGCAGCUGUAUCAAGGCAAGAUAAAGGCUGAGCGCGGCAUCAGCGAUUCACUGAAUGAAGAUGGAGGGGUAACUCGGCUCCUGCCGUCCAGCAUCAGUUGGAACGAACUUAGCAUCACAGUGCAAAGUUGCCAAGGCCUCCAAUCCAAAAGCUUCCAGCAACCAAGCCCAUAUGUGAUCUACAAGUUCUUUGACUUCCCAGACUACCCCACUGCCACUGUUCAUAACUGCAGUCACCCUCAGUUCAACAACCAUAAGUGCUUCUCUGUCCUAAUGGAUGCAGAACUGGACCACUACUUGAAGUCUGAGGUCCUUCAGUUCUAUGUGUUUGAUGAGAAUGAAGAACAGAUGGGCACAUAUCUGGGCAAGUCCAGAGUGCCGCUGCUGCCACUGGCCCAGGAUGAUGGAAUCAGUGGUUUGUUUGAGCUGGCUGAUCCCUCUGGACAACACGCUGGUCAUGUUGAAGUUAUAUUGAAGUGGAAGUUUCCAUACUCUUUUCCAUUUGACUCAGUCACUUCUGCUGAAAAGCAUAAAUUUAUGUCCAAAGAGAAUCCCACAGAGGAACAUGCUGAGACACUCACUUCCAAAGCUCAGCCAGAAGACCAAGGUAAAAGAGCGACCAGCUGCCAAAAAAGUCACUUUUGGAGAUCUCACAACUGCAAACCAUCAGCUGGUCUCAGGGUAUCUCUGACACCUCAGAAUAUCACAGAUGAAGAUGAUGUGACGAGCAGUCUCAGUUCUCUGAAGGGCAGAUUUGUUACAGCAAGUUCUCAGUCAUCCUCUGACAAUUCAGAAAUUUCUGAAGAACUUAUUCUAGAAGUCAUGGAAGGUCGGAGAGAAUCAAUGCAGUCUGACAGUGAUGACUGUAUCGUUUUUGGACAAGCAACGAGGAGGAAGGCCUCAGAGCGAGUACGAGUGGAGAUUGUGUCUCUGACACUGAGACCAGAGUCUCGUGUUGCCCAGGACAGCAGUGUGGUGUGUCUGUUUGUAGAGUAUUCUUUCCUGGAUCUGCCCACAGAGGAAACCCCAUUAUCACUGCCCAAACCCCAACAUGGCAGCAGCAUCAACUACAACUACAGCAAAGUAAUUCCGAUGGAUAUGGAAAACAAUGGUGCCAGACGACAAUUGUUGAAGACAGUUCUGCAGGGACGCAAUAGGCAAAUGGAGAGAAUCCGGUUCACGGUGGUGAGUGAACCACCCGAGGAGGAGCAGCAGCACAGGGAGUGUGAAGAUGUCGGGGUGGCCUUCGUGAGCAUUCCUGAAAUUCUGGAGAAACAACAGGAUUUAACAGAGACGGCUGUGAACAUACUGGAUAUAGAGGACAGCAGCGUGGUCGUCGGCAGUCUGACUGUGUCUGUGGAGGGAUUGGAGGCUCUGCAGUCCAUCAUGGAGGACCCGGACCAAGAGUGAACCUCUCCUCUUUCUUCUGCUUCCAUCAGCAUGGAGCACCCUGAGAAAACGACCAAUAAGAACAAAGACGCUGACUCAACACUGGGCCAAAUGCAGAACGGUUUUGAGCUUCUGUCAGCUGUGUUGCAGACCAGUGGGAGAAGCACAAACAGACACCACCAACGUCUGUCUGACAGCAAGACCUUCACAGGAGAUCAUCUUGCAAAAAUGAUGACCAGCACCGGCAGUUUCCUGUCCAAACUUUCACACCUCGAGGAUGUAAUUGGGAGAACCUCCACAAUGGACAACGACCAGAGUUCUGACUGUUUUUAUGACAUGUCAAAUCUGAGCCUCCUGGAGCAGGACGACUUCACGCUGCAGAUAUCUUCCAAACCUGACCCAAAACAAGCCUUGACACAGAGGGAGGAGGAAUUUCUAUUACUGCUUCCAAACCUUGAUGAUGUGUACCACCUGAGUCAGGCGGAGAAGGAAUUUCUGUCCCUGCUUCCAGACCUUGAUGAUGUGUACCAUCUGAGCCAGGCGGAAAAGGAAUUUCUGUCCCUGCUUCCAGACCUUGAUGAUGUGUACCAUCUGGACCAGGUUUGUGAUGUGCCAGCGGAGCAGCCCACCAAGACGACCCACCUGCAGGCACCAAUCAGACCAACAGUGACACCGUAUGUCAACUACCGCCAACUCUGA